CAAACUAAACUGAACGGCUCAAAACCCGACCAGGAACCCUUUUCUCCUUAAUCAAUCACACCUUAAAAUAAGUUUUAAGAAGUUUUCUUUUUGUUUUGUCAACACUUCAGAUGGUUUAAGAAGACAAACUCUCCCAGAGGACCGACUUUGUUGAUGUUGAAGGAGACGAAAGGAUUGUUUCAAAUGUUUUCGCUCUGAUUGCGGCGGUUCCUGCAGGACAGUGGCCUCGACUUGUUUCACAGCAGCAGUGACUCUGAGGCGGAGCAGAAAGGAGCCAACAUGCCACAACAAAAGGACAUAGUGAAAAUAGCCAUCCAGAUGCCUGGGGCCUACCCUCAGCUCAUACAGCUGGACCAGAAAAAGCCUCUGUCAGCUGUGAUUAAAGAGGUGUGUGACGGCUGGAAUCUCCCGGGUCCUGACAACUACGCUCUGCAGUACGCUGACGGAGUGCAGAUGUACAUCACUGAAUCGAAUCGUCUGGACAUAAAGAACGGCUGCAUCCUGCGUCUGACCAAGGCACCGGGUCGCUGUGCAGAGGACUUGUUUAAGGGCAUCCAGAGCUCGGACGCAGGCGUGCGCUGCGAUUCGCUGAAGGAGCUGGCGAACGUUUCCAGAGACGUGACGUUCGCUCAGGAGUUCAUCAGCCGAGACGGACACCUCGUGCUGGUUAAAAUCGUAGAAGACUCUAAUGAGAACAACUUGAUCAUGACGCACACGCUGACCGCUUUCAUGGAGCUGAUGGAUCAUGGGAUUGUUUCGUGGGAGAACCUCUCUUUUAUCUUCGUCAAGAAGAUCGCCGGCUUCGUCAACGCCAAGGUGACGGACGAGUCGAUUCAGCAGGUGUCCCUGGACAUCCUGGAGAGCAUGGUGCUGAGCAGCCACGGGUUGUUUGUCCAAGUCAAACAGGAAGUCACCAUGGAGAGACUUAUCGCUCACUUUCAGGUGACAAAUCUGCAGAUACAAACCAAAGCCAUGGCCCUGCUGAUGGCCUUACUACAGACAGCGGGGGAUUCAGACAGACAGGAAAUGUUUGCAUUUCUGAACAAGAAGAAUCUCCGUCAGUACAUUUAUAAGAACAUUAUCCUGAGUUCUGGGUUAAUCCAAGAUGAGAUGGCCCACUACCUUUAUGUCCUGCAGUCCGUUACAUUAAAUCAUCUGGAGGAUCGUAUGAGGAUGCCUCUGGACUGUUACAGCCAGGAUCAGAGAGACAUACUUCACACUCUGCGACAGGCGGCGUUUGAGACGGACAGCGAGAACAGCCUCAGUCACGAAAGACGCCGCUCGCUCUGCGCCAAAGAGUUCAGGAAGCUGGGCUUUUCUAACAACAGUAACCCCGGUCAGGACUUGGUGCGAACGCCUCCUGGUCUUUUAGCUCUGGACACCAUGUAUUAUUUUGCCACACACUAUCCUGACGCCUACAGCAGGUUUGUUCUGGAGAACAGCAGCAGAGAGGACAAACACGAGUGUCCGUUUGCCCGUAGCAGCAUCCAGCUCACGCUCAUCCUUUGUGAAAUCCUGCGGAUCGGAGAGCCACCCUCAGAGACGGGAUCCGACUACCACCCCAUCUUCUUCAGUCAGGAUAAACUGCUGGAGGAACUUUUCUGUGUUUGUAUUCAGCUCCUCAACAAAACCUGGAAGGAGAUGAGGGCCACACAAGAGGACUUUGACAAGGUGAUGCAGGUGGUGAGGGAGCAGAUCACCAGGACCCUGUCGACGAAGCCCACCUCCCUGGAGCUCUUCAAAAACAAAGUCAACGCUCUGAACUACAGCGAGAUCCUGAAGCUGCGGCAGACGGAGCGGCUGCAUCAGGAGGAGACGCUCGCCCCGCCUGUGCUCGAACUCAAAGAGCGCCUGAAGCCCGAGCUGCUGGAGCUGAUCCGCCAGCAGAGACUCAACCGGCUGUGCCAGGGAACCAUGUUCAGGAAGAUCAGCAGCCGACGAAGGCAGGAUAAACUGUGGUACUGUCGCUUGUCGCCCAAUCACAAAAUGCUUCAUUUCGGAGACGUCGAAGAAGAGACGGAAAACCCACCAAUAGAAACGYUGCAAGAGAAGAUUCCAGUGGCAGAUAUUAAAGGUUUGCUGACGGGGAAAGACUGCCCUCACAUGAAGGAGAACAAAGGCAAACAGAACAAGGAUGUGCUGGACCUGGCCUUUAGCAUUACGUACGACGUGGAGGAGUACAGCCUGAACUUCAUCGCCCCCUCCAGAUCCGACUUCUGCCUGUGGACAGAUGGACUGAGCGUCCUCCUGGGACGGGACAUGAGCAGCGAAUCCAUGAAAAGCGAGCUGGAGAUCCUCCUCUCCAUGGAGAUCAAGCUCCGCCUCCUCGACCUGGAGAACGUCCCCAUCCCCGACGGCGCUCCCAUCGUCCCGAAACCUCCGAGCAACUACAACUUCUGCUACGACUUCAGCCAGACGGAGCAGUAGAGCACACAGGAGCUGGACCAGUGUGUUUGAAACAAGACUGUGCGUGCGUGCGUGCGUGCGUGCGUGCGUGUGUGUGUGUCUGUGUGUUGAAUCUGACUUGUGCACCUGUGCACUUCUUUUAUAACUUCAACUAUUUUAUAGCUUCACCUUGAAGCAGGAGAACCUGUGAGAAUUAAAAAAACUACAUUUUUUGCUCUUCACUGCUCAGGAAGCUUAAAAACACAAACCCACCUGCGUCAGGGUACUUUACAUUUAUUUUUUAAAUUUUCUAACUGCUUCUAAAAAGAAUGUCUCGACUUGCACAGCUUGUUUUCUUUAAAGGAGUUAUUGAUUUGAACACCUUCCUGCGGCACGGUCCAGGUAAUUCUGGCAACGUUUGGGAGAUAAACGUAUUUUUUAAAUCUCUGACUGCAUCAGGUACAUGUUUAGUUUGUUUUGUUUCAAUCAAUAUUUGAUGCUGGCAGUGACUUUUAUAUUAUUUCUGUAAAUCUGUGCGAAGCCAGACGAGAAUAAUCUGUUUUUGGAAUCGAAUGUUUUUAAGUUUAAAAUUGUUGCUUUUCGUGUGAGGUACUCUUUAUGUGGCAUAGUACGGUGCACUGCCCAGAAACUGACAAAACCUUCAGAUUUUCCUGCAUCUCGACGGAAGAAUGAGGUCUUUUCAUUUCAAUACAACUGAUAUUCAUCUGUGAUUCACUUGAAUCAGCAUAAAAACACACACAAAGUGAA